AUGACGGUAUCACUCUCACUUUCGCUCAAAAGACCAAAGUCAUCGAGAGGAAACUCAAGAUCGAGACCAAGAUCAAGUACAUUAUCACCCCCUUCUUCCUCUUCUUCCUCUUCCUGUGUUGAACCAUUCGACUUAUCAGUCAUUGUCAACGAGAAAGAAUUCGAUAAUCUCGAUUCUGUACAGCAAGUGAUUGAUACUCAAGCCAAACGACCAGGAAAGAUUAAAUUCCAAUUAAACGAUUUGCCGGCUUCAGAGGAAAAGAUGUCAUCGAAAUUGAUUAAAGGUAGAAAGAGGUUUGUGACUGAGGAAGGGAGAAAUAUACCUGAGGCUUUGGAUUUAUCUGGCUCAAGGUCAGGAUCAAAUGAUAAUCAACUUCUUCCUUCACCUCUGAUCCGACCCUCUUUCCCUAAAUCACCUUACCCCUUCCCUACUCCCAACUCUUCUCAACCUUCGACCCAACGAUCUGCGACCCUCCUCCCUCCCAAUUCCAAUCCAAGAGACAACAAAUACUCUCAUCGACGAUCGCGAUCAUUCUCUGAGCUGAUCACCUCCUCAAGCUCGAUCACCUAA